GUGGAGAGGAACGAGUACGAGAGCGAGAACGAAGAGGAAGAGGAGGAAGAGGAGGAGGAGGAGGAGGAGGAGAUAUCCCGCCGACCCGGCAAACAUGACGCAGCAAAGCGGGGCUGGGUCGCCCCAGCAAUUCUGCCUACGUUGGAACAAUUAUCAAACGAAUCUGACCAACGUGUUCGACCAGCUGCUCCAAAGCGAGAGUUUCGUGGACGUGACCCUCGCCUGCGACGGGCACAGCGUUAAAGCGCACAAGAUGGUGCUGUCCGCGUGCAGCCCCUACUUCCAGGCCCUGUUCUUCGACAAUCCAUGCCAACACCCGAUCGUCAUCAUGAAGGAUAUCAAGUGGCCCGAGCUCAAGGCCGCGGUCGAGUUCAUGUACAAGGGGGAGAUAAACGUGUCCCAGGAGCAGAUCGGCCCCCUCCUCAAAGUGGCCGAGAGCCUCAAGAUACGGGGCCUGGCGGACGUGAACAACGAGCACGAGUUGACGUCUAGAUCGAACCUCGAGGAGGCGGCCAACGCAGCGUUGCACAGGAAGAAGCGGCGCCGAAUCUCGGGGGAGAGGUCGCCGCCCGCGUGCAGCCCCGACCGUAUACCGUCGGGGGGGAUGGCCGACGACCAAGAGCCGAAUCAGGUGGGGGGCGGCGUGAUCGUGCCCGACAUCCACGGCAUGCUGCCCAGCAGCUCGACCCCGCGAUCCCUCGGAUCCCCGGGCACGCCCAACGUCUCCGUCACCCCGCAGAUCAACCUCCAAGAACUUCCGGUAUCGCUGCCCCUGCCGCCGCCGCCGCCGCCGCCCCCGCAGCCCGGCCAGCCGACCUCGCACUCGAUAUCCGUGCCUCACCACGUGCCUCCCCACGUGACUUCCGGUCCCCACGCGCCCGUCAACCACCUGACCGCCCAUGGCCAGCAGCUCGUCGUGCAGCAGCAACAGCAGCAGCAACAGCAGCAGCAACACCACCCCCAGGCGGGACCUCUCGUCCCGCCUAAUCCGGGGGACGAUCUCGAGAUCAAGCCUGGCAUCGCCGAGAUGAUUCGCGAGGAGGAAAGGGUGAGUGACAUCUCUCCAUCUCUUUUCAUUUUUUUCGAGAAAAAAAGAACGAAGGAAAAGCCUCGCCUCGUUCGUUUAUAUUUGUUUUAUUAG